UCAAGGAAAAAGCCAAAUCAAAAAUUACUUAUAUACUUAUCUAAUGAUCUCAAAUACAAUUUUAUGUUUGGUUAAUUAGUGAUUAUUUUAAAUAUUUACGAUGAUAAUCUUAAUAUAAAAACAGUGUAAACUUACCAAGCACGAGCUACUCAUAUCUGAAGUCAUAUUUCGCUCAAUUUAAACGAGAUGGAAGAAGAUGAGGAUGUGCCAACACUGUCUGCUGAGACAUUCGCAGCUCUACAGGAGUUUUAUACGGAGCAGCAGAAAAGGCAGGAGAUACUCACCAAGUUAGAAGCUGAUGAUAAGCUGAAGGAAAAUAUUAUAUUUGAUGAAAACUGGCAAUUGAGCCAAUUCUGGUAUGACGAGGUAACAGUGCAAACCCUUGUCAAAGUGGUGGAUAAGACUGUAGCGGACGGUGGUCGGGUGGCGCUCAUCUCGUGUCCCACACUAUUUGUACCGGUCAAGAGGCAAAUUGGGAAUAGAGCUACAGUGACGCUACUGGAGUACGACAGACGGUUCGACGUUCACUCGCCAGACUUCAUCUUUUACGAUUACAACACACCGGACAAACUACCGCCGGAGAUCCUCGCCUCCUACGACCUGGUGCUCGCUGACCCGCCGUUCAUCUCCGACGAGUGCAUCACGAAAACAUCUCAUACAAUAAAACUGCUGGCCAAAGACAAAAUAGUGGUGUGCACCGGCGCCGUAAUGCAGCAACGUGUCGAGGAACUGUUAAAUUUGAAGUUAUGUAGUUUUCAACCGCACCAUAGGAACAAUUUAGCUAACGAGUUCUCUUGUUAUUCUAAUUUCGAUCUGGACCGUCUAUUGAGGUGAGACUUGGCGAUUUAUUUAUAUUUCAAUACAAUGUAAUAUCUCGGAUUAUUGCCAAACAUACAUUACAUACAUAUAUAACAAAUGUACAGUGUUUAUACCAAGUUUUAUACAUGUAGUACAUGAUUUCGAUUACAUAAUAUGUCUCAACAACAAAUUUCACAAAUAUACAUGUCACAAAUUGUACUAUAUAUAUAUUAUUAUAUGGCUGUGUUUCGGUUUGAAGAGUGGGAUAUGGCGUGAAUUUACUGGGUACAGAGGAAUAACACCUGAGUCCUCAGGAAUGGCAACGCAUGGGGGGUAUCAUGGGCGAAACAGUAUACUCUGUUAUGUCCAUGGUACUGCUCAUGUCUAUAGGCGACGGUUACCACUUUCCAUCAGGUGGGCCGUCAGCUUGUUUGCCAUUCUAAGUUGUAUAAAAAAAAAAAAAUAUACACCCUGUUUACAGGUGAAUAUAGAAAACAGUGAUUACUUGCUCAAUAUUGCAAGAAGUCAGGAAUUUUUAGGAAUUUGUUAAUAAUAGCAAUUCUAAUAGUCACAAAAUAUUUGUAAUUUUAAAAGGCCAUAUUUUUUUGAGAAAAAUUUUCAAUGUCACUAGUAGAAUACUCUCCGUAUAUAUUAAUAUCCACUCAUUUUUAUAAUGCCACUGUGAUGGCAGGCAAGCAUACGGCCUAUCUGAUGGUAAGUACCUUCAAGAAAACAGCACAUUCCUUUUUAAAAGGCCGGCAGUACACCUGCAAUGCCGUUGGUGUUGUGGGUGAUCAUGGGCGGCGGUAGUCACUUACCAUCAGGUGAGCCGCAUGCUCGUUUACCCCGUGUUGUAAAAAAAAAGUGGUUACUGUGGCCUAUGAAUGCAUGUAAUACCAGGGGUAUUACACGUGCAUUGUCGACUUUGAAACCUCUACCCCAUUUUUGUGGAAUCCCAUGCUGAAGUCUCUUGGCAAAACUUUGAUAGGAAACUCACACAUUUUCCAGUAUAUACGCUAUAUACUAUAUAUAGACAGACAUACAAAUUUAUAACAUUAGUAUAGAUAGAGAGUAUUGUCACAAGUAUUAAUAAGGAUAGGUCGUCUGAACUGACAAUUUAUUUAUUACUAGCUGUUCCCCGCGACUUUGUCCGCGUUUCCGUCGUUUUUCGUAAAAUAAGUAGCCUAUGUCCUUCCUCACGGUUCAAUGGUUUUGAUGUAACAGACACAUUUCCCUUCACUGCUCUGCUCCUAUUGAUCGUAGCGUGAUGAAAAGUAUACUAUAACCUGCCCAGGAGUAUGAAGAAUAAUUGUACCAAGUUUCGUUAAAAUCCGUCGAGUAGUUUUUGUUUCUAUAACGAACAUACAGACAGACAAAAAUUUUACUGAUUGCAUAUUUGGCAUCAGUAUCGAUCACUAAUCACCCGCUGAUAGUUAUUUUGGAAAUAUAUUUCAUGUACAGAAUUGACCUCUCUACAGAUUUAUUAUAAGUAUAGAUUUAGCAGCUUGUCUUUAUCAAACUGUACCUAUUGUAUAAACUUAUACAUUACGUAAUAAAAUAAAACGAAAUAUUUGUAAAACA